AUGGCCGACAAUACGGGCAAUGACGUCGGUACUGAUACGAAUGAUUUCGCCGGCAAUUUGCCGCGUCGUCUACCGCUUGGGAGGACUGAAAAUUUUUGGCUUGGAAUCGCAAAUGAAAAAUCAAUCUUAGAAACAGCGCACAUCUUACAGUCGCUUGGUGACUUUAGUGUCGAAGUUGAGCAAAAUGUUCGCGAGGCGGAAGCAGAAGAAAGACGAAGAGAAUUAAAACGACGAGUUUCUGUUAAAGAAUUCUUCUCGAGUAGUUUAAAGAAAGUCUUCGAGACAUUGGACAUUAUAUUAGACUGGCUGGAACGGUCAGCCAAGAACGCCAAAGACGAGAAGAAGAAAAGUAAUGACAAGACUCAACCUCGUCUUCACGGCGACAGAACUGAUGCGGCGAAGACCAAAGAUAACGUCGACGGCAAGCAACCAAAUACUGAUGAAUACCAGAAGAAAGAAGGUGUACUGAGAGGGUUGUAUCAUAUUACAGGUAGGCUAAACCAAUAAACAAAUUUGAUUUAUUCUCUUUGAGGGCAAGGGCGCGUCAAGGGCAAGACAGGCACGACAUAGACUGCCAGACAGGAAGCUGUGACAUCCUGUUAACCUGUAGAGUGACCAAAGAUGGCAACCAACCAAAUACCUAUAAUCAACGUACCAAGUUCACUCUUCGACUAAUUAGUGUAUAUAUUUUUAUUAUUUUAGAACUUGGCUCUUACGCAUACUUUGUUAGCUUGCUUGAACUUGUUUCCAAAUCCCUUGAUCUGCCGGAGAAUCUGUAUACUGCCAAACGAGAGCAUAUCAAGGAAUGCCUUAAGGAAGUCGAAGAAAACAAGCAAAAAUUAUUUGAACUGGUGAAAACGGCGUGCGAUAUCAUGCAGGAGAUUACCAGAGAUGAUAAAUUCAACCACCGCAAAGCGGAUGCAUUCAACAGCACUGUUAGGCAAGCGAAUGUGAUUGUUGAGUCAUGCAAGGAUUUGCUAUCCGACGCAGAGGAGACCAUUGAUGAACUAAUGAAAAUCAUGAGCACAAUGAAAACUGUCUCUCGUCUUAUCCGCUUUGCUGGAUUUGGUGUAACCAUUUACAUGCUGUACCAAAUUAGCCCUUCCACAUCGACAGUGGAUAGCCUGGCUAGCUAUAUCCCACAAGCUGUUCUAACCCUAAUCUGGGAACUUGUGGGAAACUUUAGCCUGAAACACAUCGGUUUUGCAGCAUCGUGUGCAGUCGCUGGCUAUGCGUGGCUGUCCUUGUUCCCCAGCAGAGCAUAUGCAUUCCGAGACGAUCUGGAAGACUUAAAGCUGAAGCAUAAACGUCUCACUCAUGCUCUGCGUGGCUUAGAAAAAAGACUGGAAGCUGCAACCGAGUAUGUUCACUGA